AGACUAGAGGGGAUGGAAUUUUAGACUAGAGGGGAUGGGCCGAAUAUAAUGUUGGGCCAGAAUUAAACCUGAGCCUAAAUCAGCAGUAUAUUAGUGAUUAUAUGCCAUACUCACGUGACGUGCUGUUCCACUCUCCUCGGGAAAAUGUUGAGGACUCGGCUGCUUUGGUUCACCGCCGGAUUCUCAGUCACCGCCGCCGUGAUUUCCCAAUUCGUGUGGCGAGACCUCUGGACCGAUCGAUAUGCCCUUACUGCUGAUAUGAAGCAGAAACUGGAUGCGCUCGAAACCAGAGUAUCGAAUCUCGAAUCUGGUUCUUCCCCGAAACUUGAAUCCAGCCAAGGUUGAAGGUUAAAUUUUAGGGGCUCAUGUAACUUUUGUUUUUAUGAUCAGCAGCAAAAGGUGGAGCUCAUGUUACUGAUUUUCAUUUUUGUUUGACUUAUUAGAAUCAAUGUCAUGAUAUUUCACUAGUUAAUCAAAGUGAAAUGUAGUUACCUUUGAUUUAUGUUUGAGCAAUAUUUCUUUGUAUCAUUAACUCAGUAGUUUGUUGCAAACGUAUGCCUAAAUACAAUGUCGGUUGCAAGGAACUCAUCUAUUGAAUGUUAUGCUGAAGAAUAAUUUUUAGCCUAAAUU